AUGUAUUAUUUAGGAAAUAUUAAGCCAAAUAUUGUAAUCUUUGUUUCGGAUGACUUGGGCCGGUAUGACAUAGGAUAUCACGGUUCCCGACACUUGAUGACACCCAAUAUCGACUCAUUAGCUGCCGAUGCCGUAGUUUUGGACAGGUAUUACACACAACCGCUGUGCAGUCCAAGUCGCGGAGCUUUACUUACAGGCAUACAUCCCAUACAUAGCGGGACUCAACAUUUUGUCCUUAUGAGUGGUUCUCCAUGGGGUUUACCAUUGAAAUACAAAUUACUUCCUCAAUAUUUAAAAGACAUGGGAUAUAACACUCAAGCUAUAGGUAAAUGGCAUUUGGGUUUCUUUAGCAAAGAUUAUUUACCGACAAGUCGUGGCUUCGAUGACCAUACGGGCAAUUGGGGUGGUUUUGAGGACUAUUAUAAUCAUUGGAUGAAAGAAAGGGGUUUCCAAGGACUUGAUUUCAGGCAUAACUUGGAUGUAAUUCGUGAUUCAGACGGUAUCUAUUCAACAGAUUAUUUUACUGACAAAGCCAUUGAACUGAUAAGCGAUAACAACAAUACUCGACCAUUAUUUCUAUAUAUGGCCUAUCAAGCCAUGCAUUCAGCUAACAGUCCCUUUGAACUACAGGCGCCCAAUGAGUUGGUCAAAAAGUUUAGUUUUAUUAAAGACGAGAAAAGACGUUUAUUUGCUGCCACUUUAUACUCAAUGGAUCAAUCAAUUGGUAGAAUUGUAGAGCAAUUGUAUUACAAGAAUAUCUUAAAUAACACAAUCAUAUUGUUUGUCAGUGAUAAUGGAGGCGCCAUCAGUGGGUUUAUGGAAAACUAUGGUUCAAAUUAUCCAUUGAGAGGCACCAAAGGCACACUUUGGGAGGGAGGGGUAAGAGUACCGGCAUUUAUAUGGAGUCCAUUGUUGAAAAAUUCUGGUUAUAUAUCCGAUUCAUACAUACAAGUGUUUGAUUGGUUGCCGACAAUAUUAGAAGCUAUUGAUCCAAAAGUUUAUGACCAAAAUCGGCACAAAUUCGAUGGCAUUUCUCAGUGGAAGACAUUAAAUACAAAGAAGUGUCAAAAUAAAAAUCAGUUACUAUUGAAUAUCGAUCCCAUUUGGAAUAUGUCAUCCAUUAUUAUCAAUCAAUGGAAACUAAUCCAGGGAUCGGUACCUAAAGAUAUGUCACCCGAAUCUGAUUUAUGGUCACAAAGUUUCGAUGAAGACAAUGAUUUCAAAGUUGAUUUACAACGAAACCAGUCUGUUGUGUAUAAAGUAUUGCAACAAAUGAAUCAUCCGUGUGAGUUAAACAAUGUGGCCAAAAGUUUUCCACAAAUUGUCACUCAAUUGUGGCAAAGUAUACAACAAUACAAUCGUACAGCUGUUCCGCCAUUAAACAAACCAAUUGAUUCAAAUGCUAACCCUAUUUAUCAUAAUAAUACAUGGGAUGUAUGGUAUGGGGAUUGA